AUGCGUUGGAGCCAAGCCGACUUUGGCAGUCUGCUGCUCGCCAGCACCUUUGCAAGCCAGGCAUAUGCGACCGUAACUUGUGAGGUCGAAGACACGGUGGGAACAUUCCACAACCCGUCCUUUGAGACGGGGGACUUGACCGACUGGACUGCCUUGCAAGCGACUGGCGCAACAUCAGCGGGCGCCGUGGUUUCGGGCGAUGAGGCUGCAGAGGGGGAUUCCAUCGGUGGCACGACAACCUAUACCUACCUCAAACAGACCUUGACCGAUCUUGAUACCACCCAAGCCCUGACUUUGUCGGUCAACUAUCGCCUGAUCUACACCACCUCCACCGCCAACAGCUACUGCUUCCUGCAUUUCUCGAAGGGCUCAUGGGCUCCGGCCAAUGCGAUUGGCGGACGCUCCACCGUCUACCCUUCGGCUUAUGGCUCCAGUCCAGCCUGGUCGACAUACUCCCAGAGCUUCACUCCCUCGGCGUCUACCCUGGAUAUCUACCUCGUUUGGGCCUGUCUCGGUACUUGGGCCAAGUACGAGUUCGAUAAUUUCGGGCCCGGGGAGACCACGGUUUGUUCCACCUCGACCUCGACACCUGCGCCUAUUAGUACUCCGACGGCCAUUUUGUCUUCAUCUGUGGGGGUGGUUGUAACAACGAGUGCAGUGGCCAGCCCCAGUUCGGCUUCCGUCGCCAGUUCUUCCGAGGCCAUCGUUGCGAGCAGCCCCAGAGUGACCCCGUCCAUUGCGUCUAGUAGCCCUGCAAUUCUCCCGAGCGCUUCGGUGGUCUCGCUUAGCCCUCAGUCCAGCUCCUCCAUUGCCCCGAUCUCUGCCUCUUCUGGAACUGCUGCAUCAACAAAUGCCAUUCCGGUCUCUUCUACUGUUGUAUCAAUUGCCAACUCGGCUUCUACCGUUGUGGCAAGUUCUCCCUCAUCGAGGUCGGCCUCGUCCAUCCCGCUUAUCCGGUCAUCUUCGUCUUUCCAGACCGUCGCUUCUGCGAGUGCUCCAGUGCCUGUUGCGCAAACCCUCUCCAGCUCCCAGGCUACCAUUCCCUCUUCAAGAGCAUUCACAGCGACAUCAAGCCACCCUGUCUACCCUUUGUCUCUGUCGUCCGCCAGUGCUUCAGUACCUGUUGCGCAGACCAUCUACAGCUCCCAUGCCGUUAUCCCUUCUGCAAGUCAACUGACGGCAGCAUCAAGCCACUCCGUCGAUACAUCGUCUCCGUCGGGCUCAUCUCUGCUCUCCGGUGCCGGUGCUCGCACGACAGCUGCGCCCGGAGUCUCGGUCUCUUCUGGCUCUAGCAUAGCGACGGUGACUUCUCCCACCGGCCUCCUCUCUGCAGACCUCACUACUUCUACGGUUCUAACGACGCGCACCUCAACGGUAACUGCAUGUCCUUCCACGGUGACUGCAUGCCCUGCCUCCGCUCGUACCACCUAUAUCACCACCGAGACCAUCGUAGACUUUACAACAAUCUGUCCCGUGACGGCCACAGAGACGGCUGGAGCCACCGAGACAACCUCCAGCGUCUUCAGUACUCGCACUGCCACAGUCACUGGCUGCCCGUCAACACUCCCUGGUUGUCCCGCUGCAGCUCAAACAACAUUCGUUACCACCGAGACUAUCCUCGUCUCGACGACCAUUUGCCCAGUCACCGCUGUGUCGGCUACUGCAACGGUGGUGCCGGUGUUCACCGAGACUACCUCCAGCAUCUUCACUACCCGCACCGCUACCCUGACCGGAUGCCCCUCGCAUGCCUCGCGUUGCGCCGCCACUGACCGGGCCACUUAUACCACCACCGAGACAGUUCUCGUCUCAACAAUCAUUUGUCCGGUUACGGCAGCCGAGGCUACCGCGAGUCCAGCCCCGACUGAGACUACCUCGAGUAUCUUCAGCACCCGCACUGCCACGGUGACUGGCUGCUCGGCGGGUGCAGUCGACUGUGCGAGUAGUUACCGGACAACUUACCUCACCACCGAGACUAUCUUGGUAUCCACCACCGUAUGCCCGAUCACAGCUGUCCAAACCACUAAUCCCGGUGCCCAGCCUACCAAAACAGAGAUGGCGAGUGACGCGGCGGAUGAGAUUGUUUCGACCAUCUACUCCACUACCACGGUCUGGGUGGCCUGUGCAACGGAUGCUUGA